UUUCUCUUUAGGCUAAUAGGAACACAAUGCAAACAGUUGGUCCACCAGGCUUUUAUAAUGUACCAGUAACGAAGUUUUUAAUGAUGCUAAUAAGCUCUUUUUCAAUUUUGGUUUCAAUUUUGAAUAUAAAACAAUAUUUUCAUUUACAAAUUACACCACACAUUACUGAGCAUCAUCAAAUUUGGAGAUUAAUGACUUCACACAUGGCGUUUGGAAAUUCAAGCGAUGUCUUUUUUGGUUUAUUACUAUUGUAUACGUUGCGAGUUAUUGAAAGGCAAUAUGGUUGCGCAAAGUAUAUUGCAUUUAUUUUUAUAUCAGCUUUGAUAUCAACUUUAUUGGAAUUGAGUGUUUUAAUGAUUGGAGCACGAUUUGGGUUAAAACAGAUACCAGGAGGACCCUAUGCUAUUAUCUUUUCUAUAUUAUAUCAAUAUUAUCGAAUUAUUCCUGUUACAUAUCGGUUUCGAGUAUUUGGUAUUAUUAUGACCAACAAGUUUUUCUUAUAUGUCUUGGCAUUACAAAUGGCAUUAUCACAAUCAUUUUCAACUGUUAUACCUGCUGUAUGUGGUAUAUUUUCUGGUGCAUUGUAUAGAACAGAUAUUGUUAAAAUUAAACGAUGGCGGUUUCCAGUUCUGUUACAAAGGUUAGCAGAAAGAUUUAUAAAGCCCUUUCUUCUAUCCACACCUAUUGCUCGAUCAGUAACUGCUGUACCUGUUCAACGACCGUUUGUAGCAGGAAUAGCAUCCAUGGAAAGUCUUGUAUCAAAUGGGUUAAGAAAUAAUAGAAGAGCAACAAGAAAUUCCAUUGACAGUACAAACUCGGAGACACCAUCCGCUACUGCCGCCGAAGGAGCACCCUCCGUAAGAGAAUAUCUUGAUACAAUAACUGGUAGAGAUGUUACAGGAUCAGAUUUAGAACCUCCUUCACCGGAGUAUACAAGAAUUUUAAUGACCAUGUUUCCAGAUCAUCCAAGAGAAACUAUUACUCGAGCAUUGUCAUCAGCACAUAAUAAUUUAAAUAGAGCAGUUGAAAUUAUGUUGAGUACACCAGCUCCCAAUGAUAUAAUUACAGGAAAUAGUAGUAGUAGUAGUAGUAGUAAUAGUAAUAAUAUUAAUCAUGGAAGAUUAUCUUAAAUAAUAGUGUAGUAUAUAG